AAUUCUAUUCCAUUAAGGAUCUUUUAUUGACUUUGAUAAAAAAGAGUUCAUGUUUCGUGAUCGUUGAACAAAAAAAGAUCAUACUCCUAACAUCUAUCUAUCCUAUCUAUCCAUUAUUUGAAAUAACUGAAUUAACAUUUUUCAUACAAUAUGGUUGCUUCAGAAUUUCUCGGUUAUAUUCAAUCAUUUUCUGUAUGUAACUUUGUUGGAUUUGAAGAUUUAGCUGAUCGAGCAAAUUUUCAAUGGAAUGUUAUUGUACUACUACUAUGCAUGGUUUUAGUAACAAUGAGACAAUAUUUUAUGACUCCAUUAGUGUGUUAUUUACCGACAACAGUGAGUGGAGUCAAUGCAGAUUCUUAUAUUACUAAUCUGUGUUGGAUUGAAGGGACAUUUCCUAUUAAUUUAACAUCUGGGAUUGUACCACACAAACUACAGGAAUGGGAUGCACUUCGACCGCAACAAAUGAAUUAUUAUCAAUGGGUACCAUUAGUAUUAGGUUUACAAGCUAUUCUAUAUUAUAUUCCACGUAUUAUAUGGAGUAUAUUCACCUAUAAUCGUACUGGUACAGAUUUACAAAAUUUAAUACGUCAAGCUAAUUUAAUUACUAAAGAAGAUGGUGAAAAACGUCAAAAAAUGGUACAACAUAUUGCUAAAACAUUAGAAUUAUUAUUAUUUAAUCGUCGUGAAUAUCGUACAAUGGAUACAUUGAAUCAUUCAUUUCGUCGGUCAUUAUCAUUUAUGCCUGGUAAACGUCAUGGCAACAAUUUAAUUUAUGUUUAUUUAACUAUUAAAAUCUUAUAUUCAAUUAUUGGCUUUUUUCAAUUAUAUUUAAUGUAUUUUUUUUUACGUUUUAAUUCAUAUGAAGGUUAUUGGUUAUUUGGUUAUCGUUUAUUAACUGAUAUAAUAAAUGGUAAACAAUGGACAGAAACACAAAUUUUUCCUAGAGUCGGUAUGUGUCGACAUACUCUACAACAUGUUGGUGCUAGUAAUACAUUAUUUGCACAAUGUGUAUUACCAAUUAAUAUGUUAAAUGAAAAAAUUUAUAUUUUUUUAUUUUUUUUUCUUGGUUCCAUUAUGUUGCUAACUAUAUUGAGUAUACCAUUAUGGUUAUAUCGUAUGGGUUUAAAACAACGUCAAAGGCAUUUUAUUAAAAGAUUUUUAAAAAUUGCUGAUGUUUAUGAUCGUAAUGAUCCUAAAAUGGCAUUACUUACCGAUCGUUUUAUGAAUGAAUUUUUAAGAAAAGAUGGACAUUUUAUAUUACGUAUGUUAUCAAUGAAUGCUGGUGAUUUAAUUACUGUAGAAAUUGUAUGUAAUUUAUUUGCGGAUUAUAAAAAACGGUUUAUCGGUAUUGAUUUUCGUGGUCCACCACCACCACCACCAAAAUUACAUAAUAAUAAAUAUCAUGAUUUUGAUGGUUAUAUUACUACAGCAACAACAAUACCAGCACAACAACAUUCAAAUGAUAUAAUCAAAUUAAAUAAUCUUGAUAAAAAUCCAUCUGGUUUUAUUAGAUUAGAAGAAGGUGGUACAGCGAAUUUACGUCAACGACCAGCAAUUCCAUCUGCACCAAUUUAUUCAGAGAAUUCAAUUCCACCAGCAUAUCAAUAUGCAACUAGUAUAAAAGAUUCAGAAAUUUAUCCAUUAAGUAUUGUACGAAAUAUGCCACGUGAUACUACUACUACUAAUACACCAAUGGAAACGAACACUAAUGUUACUAAUUCAAAUCAAUAUACACCUAAAAAAAUUGAUGAUAAUAUUAUUGUUCAUGAAAAAGAACAAUUGAAUAAAGUUCCACAAUAUACUCCAACGGAAGUAUAAUGUUUUGAAUACAUUUAUUACUAGGAUAGGGGAGGGGAAAGUGAAAGUGUAGGGGGGGGCGUGUUUGUGUGUGUAUGUGUGGGUGGAUGGAUGGAUGAAUGGAUGCAUAUAAAUAAUCCAAUGUGUGUGUGUGUGUGUGUGGUCACUUCUUAAUUUGAUGGCAUAUCUUACGUGAUUGUUUAAUCAUUGUUAAUAAAUUCUAAUAAAUCACUAUGUUGGUUAUUCCAUUUGUAAUCUUUAUGUACUCUAUGUCUAUGUUAUAUAAUGUGAAUAACAAACGUUUUUUUUGUUUGUUCAUAUGUUCAUUUUUGACUAUUCUUCUUGUUUGUUAGACAUUAAACAUUGUAAUUACUAUAUACUAUGUGUUCCCUCAUUUCUCUUCUGUUUUUCUUUGUAUACGAACUUUGUUUGGUUUGGUUUUUCUAAAAAAAAAUUUUGUAACAUUC